CAUUGAACAGUCCUUCCAAACGGCCACCAGCCAUUCCAAAGAAGAUUGGUGUGAUGCAGAUCUCAAGUGUAUUAUCAGAAGUGUAUGGGUCCAGUACAACUUCAUCCAGUCAAGAUAGCAUUCCCAUACAGCAGAAACUGGUGGUGUGUACUCUUCUGCUGAUGGUCAAGCAGGGCCGUAUGAAGGAAGUUACCAUGGGAAAGCUACAGGACACCUAUACAAAGGUGUGUAAAAAGAGACAGAUGGCCACACAUGACGAGUUCCAGGGUCUGUGCAGUCUCCUAGAGACACGAGGCAUUAUAGGCAUCAAAAAACCUAAAGAGGGACGACUAGCAAAGGUCUCAUUGAAGUUAAAUGAAAAGGAACUGGAACAUGCAUUACAGGACAAGGUGUUAAUAUCCUCCAUUCUACAGGAUGGUCUAUAACCAAGCUCGGACAUUGUUACUACACUGGACCUUUUACAGGUGGUCAACUAAGUUCACAACAAGUUUACAAGAUCAUAUUGAUAUCCUCCAUUGUACACGACAGUUCAUUACCAGACUCGAGAAUAUUUUUUGGACUCCUUCAUGGUCGGUAACAAAGUGUCAACAAAAAAGGGGCGAAGGUCUAUUUAGAUUAUACGUUAAUGAUAACUGAUUUUCAUUUCUUCUAAGUAUUUGUACAUUUGAUAAAUAGUAUUUUUUCAGCAUGUUAUUUUGGUGGAAAAAAAAAUGAAUUUUAGAACUUUGUUGUGAUAAAAAUGUAGCCUCUCACAAUUAACAUGGCUAUAGAGGUUGUGAGGAAAGACGAUGAUUGUAUUUAGCUAUUGGUAUUAUUUUCUCAAGUUAAUACUUGAUAUAGCAUCAAAACUUCAUUAUUCUUAAUUAUGUUUUUUGUGUUUUUUUGGUAUUGUAGAAAAGUCAUUGAUUGCUCAAUUUUCAAUAAAUAAAUUAUAAUUACUUGGCUCUUACUUAUAAGGUAUACAUACCUUAGAAUUCAUCAACAUCUAGUCACUCUUGUGCAUGAAAAAAUAAUCUAGUCGAUCCAUUGGGUUAUGUAUCUAACAUUCCCUGUAUAUCUGUAAUUCAUUAGAGAUUUUACCGCGAAGUUAAGAAACUGUCUGAUCAGGAGAAUGAAUCAUGGUGAGAGUAUAGUUAUGCAAGGCAAUGCAAUGUCACUACAAAAUUUUGAUGUGAUAUCCUUGUACAUUUUUGUCUUGUGAUAGAUCAUGAUCAUCUUGCUGAUGAUAUAUUCCUCAACAUAUAUUAUCACAUGUAAUUAUUUGUAUCAUACAAAAUUGUAACCAUAACUACUGUUAUAUUUACCUACCUGUUUGUUUCACAACAAUUUUUUAAACAUUUCAAAACCGUUCUGUGCAGUUCAAGUUUACUGACACAGCUGUGUAAGGCAUAUGUAAAAUAAGUGUAUUAUAUGAUCUGUGAAUUCUGUGUGUUUUGUACGAAAGGGAGUAUGCACAUUUGUUGUUUAUUCUGGAUGUCUCGGAAGAACAUGAAAUAGUUAUUAAAUAGUUCAUGUAUAGAAAUAUUUUUUUAUUGAAUCCAUUUAAGAGAGUUGAGUAUCGGUGUGUCUGUUGGGUCUUUGUAUCUGUGAGCAGGAAUGGUGAGUCUGUGCAUUAAUUUAUGAAGAAUAUUUGGAAAGAAGGUUGAAAAAAGGCAUCAAAUGUUGCUUGUUGCAUGGAUAAUAUGUGUGUUCUUUAAAAUAAAAUAAAAAUAAUGUAGAUUUAACAGUUAAUUGGUCUAGAGUAGAUUUUAAGCUUGACAUGAAA